ACCACCGACAAACCGACGUGACACUUCGAACAAAAUGAGCUUCAAAAGUUGUCUCCUUAUUUCAAAUGAAAAUACGUUAAACACUAGCGCCAUCUCUAUAAUGAUUCGCUUACUACACUGGCACAGAGAAGAAACUGCUAAACCCCCUUUUUGUUUUUCUUUGCAAAUUCCAAUGCGUAUUGUUUUUUGUACUUCUCACAUCUUCUGCAUUGAUUUGAAAACUUAUAAAAUGAUUUUCCUGUGUGUUUUGUCCAAUUAUUCUCACAAAAUCUUGCCUCACACUUCCUUCGCCAUUUGUAUUUAGAAAAGUUGUUUACAUCGAAGCAGCAGUGAACAGAGCUUACUUUGACAGGAGUGUUCGCCUCACUGGUAAAUGACAGUACUUUCGUGUGGGACACUUUUGUAACGCCAGUGUCACGUCGGUUUGUCAGUGAUAAUACGUCAUCUAUUGAGCAAACCAGUGAAGCUGUUGAGCUUUUUUUCUAUAUUCUACCCAAAUAACCAAAUCGGCCUUAACCCACUGUAAAGCCCCAAAUAACCAAAUCGGCCUUAACCCACUGUAAAGCCACUUCAAACCCACGUGGGUUUGUGGUGGUCGAUUCAGUCGUUAACCCACCAAAUUUUAGAACAAUCGGAGCUGCCAGUUCCGAUCCGAUGUAUUUAUCUUGCCCACCCUGAACCCACCUUUUCCAAAAAUGCUUUGAGGAAAAGUUUGGUCAAGGGUUGGCUAAGGUAAAUAUGCAGAACAGGAUUUUAACUCUUCGAUUGAUUAUAUUCAUUCACUUACAUCACUGCACUUAAACUUCCGCAAUAUUAUUAGUCUAUAAACUGUGCACUGACCAGCGAAAUGGAUGAGUCCAUUUGCAAGUAAACAAACACACGCAUCCACAUCUUACACAAAUAUGUUUCACAACAAAUGAACUUAAACAUUCAAGUUUUAUUGCUUCCUUUGCACAAUUAAACACAUUUUUGGGUGAUACAUGUUGAGUAAAUGAAUUAUCCGGCAUAAAAAACUAACGUAAACAAACUUUGAAGUGACCACUUCUGUAGAUGUGUGGUUUAACCCACCAAACCGACAGUUUUUUGGCUUUGUUCGAUGCAACUGGAUUUUUAGUACAGGAAAUUGGUGGCGUUUUCGGUAUCUUGGUUAUUUGGCGCCACUUCAAACCCAAGUGGGUUAGUGAAGGUCGAUUCAGUCGUUAACCCACCAAAUUUUAGAACAAUCGGAGCUGUCAGUUCCGAUCAUAUGUAUUGACCUUGCCCGCACUUGGCCCACCUUUUCCAAACAUGUUGACGAGGAAAAGAUGGAUCAAGGGCAGGCUAGGGUCAAUAUGAUUAACAGGAUUUUAACACGUCGAUUACUUUAACUCAUUCACUUACAUCACUGCAUAACUUCGGCAAUAUUAUUGAUCUAUAAACUGUGCACUGACCCGCGAAAUGGAUGAGUCCAUUUGCAAGUAAACAAACACAUACAAAUAUGUUUUACAACAAACGAAAUUAGGCCCGCACGUUUAAUCGCUUCCUUUGCAUAAUUCAUCACAUUUUGGGGUGAUACAUGUUGAGCAAAAAACUUACUUUAACAACAUUGAAGUGGCCGCUUCUGUGGCCGUGUGGUUUAGGGCGGUGGCAACGCUCAUCCGAUGCGAUUUUAUAGAACGAGAUUUAGAUGGGAUAUGACAGAUAACGUCGGACGUGCGAUUUCGUCGUCCGGCGUUAUCGGUCAUAUCCCAUACAAAAAUUUGAUAGGCCGUCCGAUAAAAUCGCAUCCGAUGGAGCACAGACACGGGCCUUAACCCACCAAACUGACAGUGCUUUUGCUUUGUCUGAUGCAACUGGAUUUUUAGUACAGGAAAAUGGUGGCGUUUUCGGUAUCUUGGUUAGGCGGCGCUCUAGCAGCAAUCGAACACGACAUCCGACACGAACAAACCCAAAUAAUCAUAUGGAGGUGCACUGUCAGACACAAACAAACAAACAAGACAAACGUCGAGUCGAACAUGUCAGUUGAUUCUGUCUGUGAUGUUCGAUACCCACCUGUGCUGUGAGUACCUUGGCUGUCAAACGCUUCACAGCUACAGUAGAUAGAAUUCAAUUCGGGACAUUUUUAAGUUUGUUUACGUAGUUUGUCUCUUUUUCUUCUUAAAAUUGCGUGCAAAAUAUUUAAAAUAGCUAUCAAUAAUUAUGUUAAAGCUUUACAAUCAAUUAUAACAUCAAAUAUAAAGGAUUGAAACGUAUUAAACUGUAGUGUGUACAUAAUCCAUGUGUAUGCACUGUAUGUGUUUUGGCAUGGACGUUUGUUUACAUUUUUCAAUAUUAAAUUUGAAUGAUUUCUAUGUUAUUAUACAUGUGAAUAACUAGUAAAUUAUGAGUUGAAUGUUCCCCCUGUAGGUGGAUAUUCAUUUAAACUAUGAAAAUGCUUCAUUUUCGAGACGAAAAGAAAGGCGUAUUGCAGUGCAUUAUGACAGGUCUAUAAGACAUCGAACAGCUGACAGAGCACCUAUCGAACAGAGUCGUGUUUGUUUGUCUCGUUCGAUUGGUCCCAGAGCGCCGCCUUAUUUGGGUAUUUUCUAUUUUUGUCAUAUUUUGUUUACAUACUGUUGUACUUAUUUACAUUGCACGCACUGUACAGGAAUAUACAAACCUUGGUCCAAUCGUAAUGACGUUCAUUUGUUUACAUUUUAUUUUGUUCCGUAGGUCGGAAGCGUCGUAGGCAAACAAAUUCUAAAAUCUGCGGUGCAUGUUUUGAACACAAUCUUAACGUUGUAAUUCUUUCACUUCAAAUUAUAUGGUUUUUCCACACUAAAAUAUGCAAUCUUCCCGCCUUCCUUAUUUCGUAACUCUUUUCAUAGCAGUCGUUUUGCAAUAUUUACCAAAUGAAAAAAGUACCUCAAAAAGACCAUUGGAAAAUGUAUGUGACUACGACCGUAACAUACUUUGUCCGGAAUGCGUCUCAAGUGGCUUGGAGUGUAAUAAAUUUGAUGAUUUAUUUACACUGCAGGAUGAUAAUGUAUUCAACAUUAUCAAUAACAUUUUCAAUUCACACACUACUAGAAUUGGUACAAUUGUUCAGGAAAAUAAAUUAGCAGUGAUGAAACAUUUAAACCGUGAUAACACUAUCGAAAAAUUGUUACAAGAAUACUGUGACGCUUAUUCGCUGACAAAACAAAACUGCCGUUGGGCACAGCACGAUGGAAGUGUAGAUCGAGCAAAAGAAUUUAUUACGACAUCAAUCCUUGAUAGUGCAAGGGUUGAAGGAUGCAUCUUUUGUCCAGCCACAAACAAUCGGCAAAGUUUGCAACGUUUUCUAAGCUUAUUCGACUCGACUGAUAAUGAGCUGUGGAAUUUGCUUGCUGUACGCACAAAUGUAGAGCCGCUGCUCAUCAAACUGUUAACUGUUAAUUAUCACGAUGAGCCGCCGUUAUAUGUUCCAAAACUUUUGCACACAUUUGGCUUCUCCAUUAUUGAAACCUAUGAAGGAAAAACGUUGGAACAUUAUUACGAUUUCCCGUUCGUGACUCGUAUGCGCAUUGCUGCUGAGCUCAUCAGGGCAGCAUUUAAGUUCACGGAAGGAAUACACGGAUUUCGUGUUUUUUUAACAGAUAUAAAUCCAGAUAACGUGGUAGUAAAUCUUAAAAACGAUAACAAGCAAGUGUACGUAUCCAUCGUCGAUUUAGAUAAUGUCAUUUUACUGGAUAGCUGGGCGGAAGUAUUUCUUACAAAAAAUACGCAUCACGUGCACAGUAAAAUCGAAUGCAACGGAUGCUUUGCUUACGUCCAGGAAGAUGUUUGCCGCUAUCAAAAUAGUGAUUUGAAUUUGUUUGCCACAUGUCAGUUACUGCUAGAAAAUUUAAAUGGACACUAUGCUAAAGGAUUGCUUCAUUACGAUCGUGAUGCUGAAGCAUUCCCAGUGCUUGGUGAAGCUUCAAAGAUGCUACAAAAUCUUCUGUCAGAGUGUGUUUACUGUCAACCACCGGAUUGCCAAAACAGAUCGCACAUUUUGAAAGAUAUGCUUCACAUCAUAGAUCAAACAAUAAUUCAAUCGUAG